CAUUGUUUUCAUUUUUGAUUUUGAAUAAUAUAAAGAGUUAAUGAGUAGUCCUAUUCAAGUUUGGAUGGUAUUUACAACUCACAUGUUUAGUAUUGAAUUGGUAAUUUAAGUUCAUUUCAAAUUCGUAACAAAUAUGACUACGAAGGAUAUAUCUGACUUUUUAGUAACAACAGCACAAUCUGAUCAACAAUUUUCUGCGUGUUUAUGGGACUAUAACACGCAAAAUGUACGAAAGUACUAUAAAAACGGUGGCACUGUUGCCCCUAAUUGCUUUGAACUAAUAGGAAAAGAUUACUUUUUAUCUUCUCAGUUGGGUAAACCAUUGUUACAUUUAUGGUUGUUAAACAGUCAAGAUGUAUUGAAAGAAAUAAGACUUGUUCUACCAGAACCAGCAAAUUGUUUAGCCGUUUCUCCAUUCAAUGAUUUUCUAGCAGCAGGAAUUAAUUGCAAACUUUACACAUGGCACCUUUCAUCUGGAAAUCUUUUAUCUAUACAACAAAAGAACUAUCAACCAAUUACUUGCCUUAAGUUUUCAAGUGAUGGAACAUUUUUAGUAAUAGGAGGUCAAGAUGGAAUGCUGAUUGUAUACUGUAUAGGUGAUUUGGUAACACUUUCGAAUAAUUUCAUGCAACAAUCUGAUAUUGGAAAAGCUGAACCACUCUACAUAAAAAGAGAUAAUUCUAUGGCGAUUAAAGAUAUACAUAUUGGAGUCUUUGGUAGGAAAUCCCGUUUUGCAACAGUCUCUGUUGAUAAAACUUGCCGGAUCUAUACUCUGUUAGAUGGUCAAUUACUUCAAAUUCUAACCUUUGGAGAAUGCUUAAAUAGCGUUAUAUUUGAUUCAUGGUUUGGUUCGUUGUUCGUUGGGAUGGAAAAUGGGGACAUCCGUUGUUACAAUCUCAAGGAACCAGUGAAAAGUUUAACUCAUCACGUAGACGAAAGUACUUCUUUGUUGUUUAAGGGACACACUAAUAGGGUUGUUUGUUUAGCUUUAAACUUUACCCAAACGAUUUUAGCGUCCGGAAGUCUCGAUUGUGUAGUUUACACUUGGGAUGUCAAACGCAAUCAAAUACUUAAAACUUUUAAGCACUCUAGUCCUAUAACCAAUAUUCGAUUUGUUGCAAAUUGUGAAAACUUUUUCGCGGAGACAAUAACCCCUGAAUAUGUGGUAAAAAGUUUAAAAAGGAAUGUACACCAUUCAUCGGAUUUCGUAGUAGCUCAGUUCCAAAAAGAAGCUAUAGAAGUAGAUGAAAAUGAUUUUAAAACACGUAAAGAAGAAGAGAUGCAAAAGUUAAUACUUGAAAAUAUGAACUUAAGAGCUGCCAAUACAUUUUUAUUUAACUCAAUUUUGUCUAUUAAGAGAAAUACAUAAAUAAGAGAGAAAAAGAAAUACAUUUUCAUAAAAAGGACAGUAGUACAGUCACUGAAGGUUUUCACUCCGAUUUCGUUGAACCUCCAUCGAUUUUCAUGAAAAUUAGUGAGUAGUUAGAGGAUACCUUAAGAAGGUUUUACAGCAUAAUAAAAUCGUAGAUUUAUGUGAAGCUUUCAAUUUUUAUGAUUAUAGAAUCCAGCAGCUCGCUGAAGUAUUGGAUUUUUAUAAUAUAAUUAUUUGACAACCUUUUGUUGGCCAACCACCUACAGCAAAAUUGAGACGAAAUACAUAAUAUUUCUUAUGUUCCGAAUUUAUUUCGUUCAAUCUGUAUACAUACAUAUAUAGGAAAAAAGAUAGGUAAUACGUAGUAGACGUGUCGAUAGGUAUAUGCUCACGAAAUAUACAUGUGUGUAUGUAUAUUUUGAAGAUAGAAGAAGCUAGUGAAAGGAAUUCUGUAUAUCUGCUCAAAAACAUAGUGGGACUUUCUAGUAUGAUGUGUGUCUAUUGAAUAUUUCAGUAUAACUCAACAGAUAUAGCUGCAAAGUUCAAGGUCACUUCAUCGAUAAAGGGAGGAACCAAAACUCAGUUAUAUGCAAUCGGCCGAAGCGUAUACAUUCAUAUAGUUUAGCAUUGAACAUAAAUUCUACUUAACGCAAGCAAGGAAAAGGAGAAGCUGACAAAUUAAUAGUAGGGACAACAAUUGAGGAUGAGGGCUCAAGUUUACCAAAAGUUAUAGUAGCAGAAGACAUUGAUGUUUUAGUUAUUUUAACUGCCCAGCUAAAGCUGAUGAAGAGAUUUAUUUUUUGAAACUUGGAAAACAAAAUGUUAAUUCCGUGAUAUAUUCUUCAAAAAGCUUAGAGCUAAAUUAUCCAUGCAUAGGAGUAUAUAUUCUAUUCUUUCAUUGUUUCUCUGGAUGUGACUCGACAGUCACAUUAGCACUGAAAAAAUUGUUCAGGAAAUGUGGAA